UCCAUUCAUUUGUAUGGUAACCCAUUCAAUACCCAUACGUUGACUCACUGUCGUAACACGCUAGCUUACCGUUACGCUCUCUACAAUGACAGAACAGCGAAAGUUGUUAUUAAAGUACUAUAAGAUCUCUGAAUAUGUUGUUGUGACGCACAAUUGCUGCGUCGUAGUUCUGUCAACAUGGCUGCGCGCGCUGGAAGUAAGCGUGGUCUGGAGCAUUUGGAUGAAUAUGAACCGCAACAAGCUAAACAACAGCGAAGUCUGCAUGAUCAGAUGACGGAAAAACGUCUCGUUGUUGUUUUAGAAGGAGCGACGCUUGAAACCGUAAAGGUUGGGAAGACAUUUGAGUUGUUGAACUGUGACCAGCAUAAGAGUAUGAUAAUAAAGAGUGGAAGAGAUCCUGGAAAGAUCCGCCCUGAUAUCACGCAUCAGUGCCUGUUGAUGUUACUGGACAGUCCUUUGAAUAGAGCUGGACUGCUUCAAGUGUACAUUCACACAGAGAAGAACGUUUUAAUCGAGAUCAACCCACAGACAAGAAUUCCUCGCACGUUUGCGAGAUUUUGUGGUCUUAUGGUCCAGCUCCUGCACAAGAUGAGUGUGAGAGCAGCAGACGGCCCUCAGCGUUUGUUAAGACUGAUUAAAAAUCCAGUGUCAGACCACCUGCCUCCUGGAUGUCCCCGAUAUUCUACAUCCUUCAAAGCCGGAGAUGCUGUGUGUCCCAGAACAAUAGUACCUAAAGAUGGACCUGCUGCUAUUGUCAUUGGAGCAUUUGCACAUGGAACAGUGAAUGCUGACUUCACAGAGAAGACGCUGUCCAUAAGUAACUAUCCUCUGUCAGCAGCUCUGACCUGUGCCAAAAUCUGUUCUGCGUUUGAGGAGGUAUGGGGAGUGUUAUGACGAAACCAUCCUGUUUUGAACAGUCGUGUUUCUGCCUGUGUGUGGAACAGGCCAUUGGACUUCACCAUGUGCGCACACAUGCGGGCCAGUCGUGUGUGCAUAAUGUGCUGUCUGUCACCACAGGAGAAUAUGUUUCAUGUGUUAUAACACAAUUAUAACUCAAACUGAAGCAAACAACAGUACCCUUCACUGUUUGUGGUAGGCAGUUGGACCUAAUUUUUCUUUUGAAUUUUUACAAAUUGGUUUAUGCAUUUAAAAUUUCCCAUUUUAUAUGUAUUAAUAUGUUUUCAUGAUGCCAAUAAACAGAUUUGGUUCCUGUUA